AUGGUAGCAACUGAACUGGCGGGUGGUACAGGCAAAGAUAUGGGAACGCCUCAUCAUUCAGACCAACAACAGCCGCUACAGUUGGACCCCGAUGCGGGGCAAAUUACAACCGUUGAAGAGGACGCUUCGCCCUGGAGGAACCAAAAUUUCCCUUCUCCAGAGGGCGAAGGUUUUCAUCGACGUCGCUCUCAUAGCAGCUCGCUGUUUUACGACAGUCGGUCUGUUUCCAACCGAGGCUCUGUGACCCCUUUAUACUGGUCACCACCGCCCGAGCCUGUUCGGCCCGCCAACCCAUACAGAAAGGGUCUCGAGCUCAAAGUCUGCCGUCACGAGCCGCCGCCGCCCUUUGGGCUGCAAUGCUAUGGAGACAACCCGUAUCCGCCGGGCAUAAGAGAUCAUGUCCGGCGCAAGACGUUGACGAGGAUGACGCUCGUGGAUCUCUGUCUCUCACAGCCCCCCAUAGAGGGCGUCACAAGGGCCGAUGAGUGGAGGGAGCUCGAGGUCGUCCAGGAGCUGGCUGUGCGCGACGACCAUGGGGCUCAGGUUGUGGUGUGCCGGCUUAAGGACGAUGCAGUCCAGGGCCGGAAAUACGUGGCCAAGAUCUUCGACCCCUUAUAUUACAGUUUUGCCGACAACCUGGUCGGCAACCACCCUAGGGACACGUGCAUGCAGGCCGACCAAGAUUACGCGGUCGAGACUGCAGCAUACGAGGAGCUUAAGGAUUCAAGGCUCGCGGGCGAUUCCAUCCCAGCGUACUAUGGCUCAUGGACCUUUGACAUGCCCCUGGAACUUCCCGAGCCAAAUGGACGCCAGAUACGCCACGUCCGGAUGGUGCUGAUGGAGCACGUCCAAGGGGCCAGGCUCAUGCUGGACAUGGACCCGACGGCGCUCUCGGACGAGACGCGCUUGCGCAUCGUCGCCCGCGUGGCCGAGAUAAACGCUGCCCUGAUAAAUCAAGGCGUCUACCACGACGACGUGAACCAACGAAACAUUCUGGUGCGUCUUGCAGGUGACGACGACGCAGGAGAGGAACGGGUGGUGCUGUUCGACUUCAACAUGGCCUGGGUCCGGCGGAUCGAUUACCAACACUCGUGGUACGACGAGGACUGGGAGGAACACAAAGAAUUCACAGCGCUCCUCUAUGGGCCGCACAAGCCUUUCCACCCGGCUACGCACCAUUGGGACCGGGUCCCGUUCUGGCAAGAGUUCAAGAACUGGUUGCCGGAUCGGUUCCAGGGCGAAUCAAUGAGGCCGUACCAAGAGUGGCUCCUCGAGGCGUGGAGGGAUUCGCCCGAGUGGAGCCCGCUCUGGGAACCGGCACUCACCAUCGGCGGAUAUACACCGCGAGACACUGCUACCGCCGGCAACACCACCGUCAACGACUCCCAACAAAAUAACAGCAACAGUAGCAGCAGCGACUCCACAACAUGGGUCCUCAUCGCCAUCAUAGUCGGUCUCGUUGCCCUGGUCGCCAUUUCGGUGUUUGUCACCCUCAGGAUGCUACGCCUACGGGAAAGACGAUUACAACAACAUCAACAUCAACAACAACAACAACGGUACGGAAAGGACGACGAUCACCACAUGUGCGAUGAAACAGGCCGCCUGUCGCCAUACCUCCACGCGGCGCCUCCGCAACAGCGCAAGCUCAGCAAACUCAGCGAAGCGGACCGGCGGUCUUGGGGCGAGCACGUCGAGCAGGAGCAGCGCGCCAUGAUGAUCCGCAAGUCGCUGGCCAGCCGGUCCGCCGAUUUCCCGGGCGGUCGUCGGCACCACUCGGACAGCGUGUCGUCCAGCGACAGCGGCGGCAGCUUUGUGGAGCCGUUUUCGGCAGCGUCGCGGCCGGCCACCUCGUCAGAGGCCAUGUCGGUGGCGGCGGCAGCACAAAGCAACUUGGACGUCGCGGCUGAUCGGGAAAAGGACGAAGAGGAGCAGCAGUUCCCCGCGGGCGGACUUCGAGACGAUUGGAAGGCGUUCGAGGCGCAGUUGCAUCUUGACAAGUCGCUGUCGCGGGAGACGCACCCAGCUGCUGCGGGUAGGGGGUCAUGA